AUGUUUACCUUUCGUCCCCCAUUGCCACCGUUGGCCCAUGCACCUGCUCUCCCACCUCCCGCGCUACCAUCGGUCAUUCCGGCGAGCGCACAUAGGCUGCCGGAUCGCCAAGUGAUAGAUCUCACUGGCUCCCCGUCCCCGCCUGCCACUCCACCGCAACAUUCACUGCCCCUAGCCCCUGGUGGCCUUCCGAGUGAUCUGCCUCCGAAGACACCGGUCUGCAUUGGCAUGCUCUCCGUGACCGCGCUUGUGCUGUAUCCUAUACCCUAUCUCCGACAGCCCGAACCCGCUGGCACCGAGUCAGAUUGGGCGGUUGUCCGCCUGCAGCAUGAACCGGCUCCUGGAAAAUCAGAAACCAUCAAUAUAAAGGCGCCCAACUGGAAGGCGCCCAAUGGCGAGAUGGUGUCCGGGGAGACCUUUGGUGUUGUAGAACAGAAGGUCGCGAGCUCUCUCGGGCCAAUGCUGGGGAAGGGGCUGAUAAAGUUAGAUGGUAAAGUCCGAAGGGGGAUGCCCAAUCUGCCGAUCCUUCCUCUGCAACUCCUUGUCUACACACCCAAGGGAAACAUUCCUGUCGUCGGCGGAUAUUUGUCUCAGCAUGGUCUCCUCUUAGAUCACCCUACUCUGUCACAAGAUUAUCAACGUCUAUCCUCUGCGCAUUAUUACAACCCGCAUAAUCCACCUCCCGGCGGACACGCACGUAAUUUACUACCUAAUGCCCCUAACAGGCUCGGCUACGCAUCUAGCGCAAAUAGCAGAUGGAGCUCACCCGCGGUCAACUGCAAGAGUGUGGAAGUACAACGCAGCCAGGCGGAGGAACUGUUCAAGAGCUUGCGGAACGGUGAUGAACUCGAGGAGACGGAGCCAUCUCCUUGUAUCGCCACGAAAUUGUACUCGCACCAGAAGAAGGCCAUCACCUUCCUGCUCGAAAGGGAGCGAGAACGACCUGGCCCAAACGGCACGUAUUCUUCCCUCUGGCAAGCGAGGAAGAAUCCUUUUUCGGGACAGCCAUCCUGGCAACACCUCGUCACGCAGAAGGAAGUCUUUCGUGAGCCCCAGGAAGCCAAGGGCGCCAUCCUUGCGGACGAUAUGGGACUUGGCAAAACGAUCACUUGUGUAUCCCUGAUAGCCGCGACUUUGGACUCAGCUGCAGCGUUUGCUUCCUCGCCUCUUCUGGCCCUUCCGCCGCCCCCGCAGGAGCACUCGCUCACAGCAGACCACUUCGCUGGUAGCGUCUGGGGAAUGCCUGAAGGAAAUGCGGAGUCUGCUCCAUCCUGUUCAAUCAAGAGCAAGGGAAAAGCCGCUAAAGAGCAAGACAGACUUGAGUCGGAUUAUCUUCGAGCAUGUCGUAUCAAGACGAAGAGUCGCGCGACGUUGAUUAUAUGCCCGCUCUCAACCAUUUCAAACUGGGAGGAGCAAUUCAAAGAGCACUGGCGGGGACCGGUGACGGUGGUGGGAGGUACCUCCGGUAACGCCGCCAGCAAGUGUUCGACGCCGUCACUCUCCUCAUUGUCAUUGACGCAAUCGCUACCGCCAUCACAACCGUCACUGAGCAAACUUCCCACCGACAAUGCCCAGUCAUCACAUGAAGGAAGGGCUCUGCGCGUGUAUGUAUACCACGGAAACGCUCGACGGCCGGAUCCAUCCUUCUUGGCUGAUUUCGACGCCGUGAUCACCACAUUCUCGACAUUAGCAACGGAAUACUCGAAGCAAAAUCGCAGUUUGGCAAGCUCGGAAGCGGAUGAGGACGAGGAUGACGAAGAAUGCGACGGUUUGGCGGAAUACGACGGCGGAGGUCACCAAGUCGUCAAGCUGUCCGGUGCCAAAGGAAAGAAGCGCAAGAAGCUUGUCACUGUCUCGAGCGCCUCGGAAGCGAGCAGUGCUCUGCAAAGCAUUCACUGGUUCAGAGUCGUUCUCGAUGAAGCUCACUCCAUAAAGGAGACGGGUACAGUUGGAUGUCGUGCCUCGUGCGACCUAAUAGCGGAUCGUCGUCUCUGUCUCACGGGGACUCCGGUGCAGAACAAGCUCGACGACGUGUUCGCCUUAGUCAAAUUCCUGCGGUUAGAACCGUUUGACGAUAAGAAUGUCUGGACCGAGUUCAUUGGCACACCAGUCAAGUAUGGGCAGCCGCUAGGCGUCGCGAGAUUGCAGACCAUCAUGAAGUGCAUCACGUUACGCCGGACCAAGGAAACGAGGGCUCAGGACGGACAAAAGAUCCUCACGCUUCCCCCGCGUCGGGACGAGCUCCGGCUCUUGAAGUUCGACGAACAAGAGCAGGCGAUUUACAAUCAGUUCUACAACGAAUCAAAAGCCGAGUUCACGGAACUCUCUGACCGGAAUGAAGUGAUGAAGAACUACGUUGGCAUCCUCCAGAAGAUAUUGCGGUUACGACAGAUCUGCGAUCACUACGAACUGGUGGAGGGAAAGGGCCUAUUUACAGAAGGCUCUUCUCAAGACGCCGCGUCUGUUUACGAGGACGUCGUUGCAGCCAUUGCGCGCGAGGGUAUAACGCCAAGUCGCGCCGCUGCGGUUUUUGCACUCCUUCGAGAGUCGGCGACUGCUCAAUGUGUCGAAUGUGGGUCCGAUCUAGGCGGUCCUGACGGCGCUCAGAAUGACGGUGCCAUGGAUCCGGACAAUUCAACUGGCCCCAAACGAGGGCGAAAAGGCAGAACAAUGUCACGAGCGCCCACCCGUCAGAACAGCCCCAGUGGACCGCGUCCUGUUAUGACACGCUGCCAGCACCUAUUCUGCAUCGAAUGCUAUCGACGUAGCGUAUGCCCUGGAUGGCCGAACGCUUCCCAGGAUACCUUACGAGCCUGUUCCGCCUGUCAAGCUGCGCUCGGGCCAUCAGACGUAGUGGAGAUCAUUGCUCAGAGCAGUGUGGACGCUUCGCCCAAAAAGAAGCCGGCUAAGCGGGAGAAGAGGCGGAAGGGGGCGAGCUUGGCAGAUUUUCAUCCUUCCACCAAGAUCAAAGCUCUCCUCGGUGAUCUUAUGCAAUUCUCCAGGGCGAAUCCUCAUUCCGCCAACUAUGAUCCAACUUCCAUCGAAGUACAGAUGGUCGACGACCAAGGCAAUGAAGUAGAUGACGGCGUUGUCAAGACUGUGGUGUUCUCUCAAUGGACGACAAUGCUGGACAAGAUAGAAGACGCCUUGGAAAUGGCUGGGAUACGCUACGAGCGGCUCGACGGUACAAUGAAGCGGGACGAUCGUACACGCGCCAUGGAAACACUAAAGCAUGACCCGGCCUGCGAAGUCCUGCUUGUCAGCCUCAAAGCAGGAGGCGUCGGGCUCAAUCUAACCGCCGCGCAGCGGGUGUACCUUAUGGACCCGUAUUGGAAUCCCGCUGUUGAGAAUCAGGCCGUAGAUCGCAUCCAUCGUCUGGGCCAAACACGUCCGGUGACCACGAUCAAGCUCAUUAUCGAGAACACCAUAGAAGCCCGCCUGCUCGAAGUUCAGCGCAAGAAGACCGCUCUUGCUAACAUGACCCUCGGGCAGAAUUACAGCAAAGCCGAGAUGCUCCAGCGAAGGAUGGAGGAGUUACAGCAGCUAUUCGGUUAAGUCACUUAAUUUACAUUAUGUUUACUUUAUGCGCGUAUCUGCCUCGCAUUCACCAGUUGUCAAUGAUAUGUUAUUUUGUCAUAGCCUUUUCCCCUUGCGACCUCAUUUGUACCGGAAACUUUACUCCACGA